ACUAAAUCUUUUCUUCGAGUUAAUUUUCAACUUCAAGCUCUUUCAACAGUGUAAUACAGACUCUUAAACAUGGCUAUCCGAUUGCCUAGUAUUAUGCACGCUAAGCAGAUUCUCCGACGAGGACGUUUUCUUGCAAACGGAGCAGCUUCAACAUCUUCAGUGGGUGUUCCAAAAGGUUUCUUGGCUGUGUAUGUUGGAGAAAGCGAAAAAAAGCGACACAUGGUUCCGAUUUCUUUCUUGAGUCAGCCUUCAUUUCAAGAGUUGCUAAGUAAGGCAGAGGAAGAAUUUGGAUUUGACCAUCCAAUGGGUGGACUCACAAUCCCUUGCAGAGAAGAAAUCUUCAUUAAUCUCACUUCUCGGUUAAGGGACCUGUGAUUUGUGCUUAAAAUAUAAAUUAUCAGAGACAAUUUUGUAAAGACUUAUAUGAACAGCUGAGGAAGUUGUAAAUAGAAAUUGUAGACAAACUUUACAUUUGUUAUAGAUUACAGAAAGAACAACA